UCAUCGGAUCGAGGUGUCGAAGUCCAUUCAUAGUUUGUGCGCAACAACGUUUGACGAGCGCGGACUCUUUGGACCCCGAACGAACGAUUUAUCAGCGUCGGCGCCGAGGCGGAGGACGAGGAGGCGGCGGCGGCGGCGGAGGGCGAGAUGGCGCAGCGGGUGCUGCGGGUGUCGGCGGCGGGGGGAGGAGGGGGAGCGGGGGAGUUCGCGCGGGUGCAGGACGCGGUGGACGCGGUGCCGCUGGGGAACCGCGUGCGCACGGUGAUCGCCAUCGCGCCGGGGGUUUACCGCGAGCCCGUCUACGUGCCCAAGACCAAGAACCUCAUCACCUUCGCCGCCGCGCGCCCCGAGACCACCGUCAUCUCCUGGGACAACACCGCCGGGCGCAUCAACCACCACCAGUCUUCUCGCGUAAUUGGAACGGGGACCUUCGGAUGCGGAACCGUCAUUGUGGAGGGAGAGGAUUUCAUUGCGGAGAAUAUCACCUUCGAGAAUUCUGCUCCUCAGGGCUCGGGUCAGGCCGUGGCAAUCAGAGUGACUGCCGAUCGUUGUGCCUUCUAUAAUUGCAGGUUCCUCGGGUGGCAAGAUACUUUGUAUUUACAUUAUGGGAAACAAUAUCUACGUGACUGCUACAUCGAAGGGAGCGUGGACUUCAUAUUCGGGAAUUCGACAGCCUUUUUAGAACAUUGUCACAUCUAUUGCAAAUCCCCAGGAUUUAUAACUGCUCAAAGCCGGAAAACACCUCAGGAAUCGACUGGUUAUGUGUUCUUGAGAUGUGUUAUUACCGGUAACGGUAGCACUUCAUACAUGUAUCUCGGGCGGCCGUGGGGACCUUUUGGAAGGGUGGUUUUUGCAUACACAUGGAUGGAUGCGUGCAUUAGACCGGUUGGGUGGAAUAACUGGGACAAAUGCGAGAAUGAGCGAAGUGCUUGCUUUUACGAGUACAGAUGCUCGGGGCCAGGUUAUCGCCCUGCGAACCGAGUCACAUGGGCUCGAGAGCUUCUCGACGAGGAGGCCGAGCAAUUUCUCGCCCACUCUUUUAUCGACCCGGAUCCUGACAGGCCGUGGCUUGCACAGAGGAUGGCGAUCAAAAUACCACACUCUGCCUAACGCAAUUUAAAUAUUGCAUUUUCCAGCGGCGUAUAUGUAUGUGUUUAGCUAGUAAUUCAGGGAGGUAACAAAUGAAUAAAUGCUAGUUUUGUGAGGAGCUUCAUUUGUACAAAUGUUCUGGACCUUGAUCUCAUAGGCAUAAUUUGAGUGGUGAGUUUAGUUUAUUAUCGUUUAGAGCCUUUCUCAAAUAGUUGCACCAUGGAAUUGUUUGUAAUAAUAUUUUCUUGCGUUUUCUUCCACUUCCUAAUUUA